AUGUUAUCGAGCGGCGGGGUGCAGAGCGGCGACAAAUUGCCCAACAUGCGCCACUUUCAAGUCAAGAUGACACUGGUCCAUAAACCGGUAGCUGGUUCUUUUCGCGCGUCGUUUCCACAUGCGGACCCGUCGGACGUGAACACCUGCUUUCCGGUGGCGCUGAAACUGCUCAGCCAUUUCGGCGAGUUGGUUGAGAUGUGGGAUCGUUUCGAAGGCGCGACAACAGUCAUCGCUUUAAACACGCAUGGGCUCCGAAAGGAAUGGGACCGUAAGCUGGCUGCUGCUAAGGAGAUUUUCCUCAACUGCAAUACGCCACACGUCGUUGACUCGGCGGUGCCACUUUCUGAGGUUCGCGGAGCUCUAGAGCGGUUCAAAACCGUCCGUGGUCUACGUGUUUUCCUCAUGGAUCGGAGCGGUAACUUGCUUCCGGAAAGCCCGUUAUAUACCGAUGCUACGGGGCCUGUCUUGAACAUGUUGUUUGACGAGCGAGACGGGCAUGUGAUUCCAAUUGUUGGCUCCCUGAACAGCCAGCCAUGGGUGAGGGUGCUGCCGGACAGCAGUGAAGAGCGCUUCUUUCACGAAUUCCAGUGCCGCCGUGGAUGGAUGAUCCUCUCGUUCAUCCAGAAGCUGCUCAACGACCCAGCGACGGCGUUUGCCUUUUGGCGGAUGGCAAACUCAUUUAACGUAACUGGAUCUCCCUGCUUGAUUCCCAGCGCCGUCACCGUUUUGGGCUUGCUCUUCUUCGCAGGCGAAAUCAAGCUGCUGGACGUGCGCAUUAUGUCAGCGGCUGGCUACAAUGCGUCGAGGUCAGCUGCUCCAUGGAAAACAGCUACCACUCCCGCCAAGUUCGGAGGUUGGUGCCAGGUUUCC